AUGAGUCAUUUCUUCAGAAUCAAUUGGGCUUUUUUCAUAUCUUGGAAAGCAGAGUUGCACGACAUCAAUCGAGAAUCAUCCAAUCAAUAUAAUCUAUCUAUCUAUCUAUCUAUCUAUCUAUCUAUCUAUCUAUCUAUCUAUCUAUCUAUCUAUCUAUUUCAAUAUGUUCCUAUCUAUCUAUCUAUCUAUCUAUCUAUCUAUCUAUCUAUCUAUCUAUCUAUCUAUUUCAAUAUGUUCGUAUCUAUCUAUCUGGGUCUCCUUGGUCUCCUCACAUCUAUCUAUCUAUCUAUCUAUCUAUCUAUCUAUCUAUCUAUCUAUCUGGAUCUCCCCAUAUCUACCUAUCAAACUAGCAAUUUCGCUAGCUUGGUAGCUAGCUAUCUAAGGUCUCCUCACAUCUAUCUAUCUAUCUAUCUAUCUAUCUAUCUAUCUAUCUAUCUAUCUAUCUAUCUAUCUAUCUCAAUAUGUUCAUUCAUCUAUUCAUCUAUCUAUCUAUCUAUCUAUCCAUCUCAUCUAUCUAUCUAUCUAUCUGGGGUCUCCUCAUAUCUAUCUAUCUAUCUAUCUAUCUAUCUAUCUAUCUAUCUAUCUAUCUAUCUAUCUAUCUGGGGUCUCCUCAUAUCUAUCUAUCUAUCUAUCUAUCUAUCUAUCUAUCUAUCUAUCUAUCUAUCUAUCUAUCUAUUUCAAUAUGUUCGUAUCUAUCUAUCUGGGGCUCUCUCUAAUUAUUUUCAUUAUCUAUCUAUCUAUCUAUCUAUCUAUCUGGAUCUCUUCAUAUCUAUUUAUCUAUCUACCUACCUUAUUGUAAUUGUCAUUCUUUUUUUCUUUUUUACAAAUUUUGUCACAUGUGCUUUUUCAUUUGUCUUUUCUUUCUUUCUUUCUUUCUUUCUUUCUUUCUUUCUUUCUUUCUUUCUUUCUGACACAUUAGAGGUUCUUUCUUUAUUUCUUUCAUUUUACAAACUAUAUACACGCCCCUUCUUUAUUUUCCCAUCUUUCUUUCUUUAA